AACUCAGACAUAUUGACUGCUUUUUUGUGUGUGGUUUUUUUGGUGGCAUUUUAUUUACAAUAACGAUGUUACGGAGAGGGCAGGCGAUGCUGCCUUUCUUCUUAUUGGCCUGGGUCUUGAGGCUCACACAAGCUCUUGCUUCAGCUCAUGAUCGCCUGCAGGAUGAAGCGGCUGCAAAUUCCAUGUCAGGGACAGGAAACUUGGAUCGUGGAGGGAACUUGAGCUUGCCUGCUGAUUUAGCCAUUCCUUAUGCUGAGGAUGUUUUUUCUAAACCAGAUAACUUUUCACCAAAUGGAAAAAGUGAACUUUUUGAGGUUGCUGGGUAUUCUGCAGAUCAACAGAGGCAGUCUCUUGAUCAUGUGUUUUCUGAGUCUGAUGCUGCAAACCAUGGACUUUUUGAUUUCAGCCAGCAUUCUAGGUAUGAUGAGGAUGCACUUGAACAGCCUGUCUCUUCCAAUCUGUAUAGUGAUCACUUCAAUUCUGAUUUGACCAAGAACUCUGUCCCUUUUGUUGCUGAUGAGUACCAUAUGGCUUCAGAAUCUGAAGGCGAUGUGGAACAUGUACUCUUUACUGAUCAGAGUAAUGACCGUGAUGCGGACUUCCCUCAAGUCUUUGCAUAUGCUGAUUUGGCUACUUCCGAUAAAGAAAAUGUGUCUAAUAUUGCUACCCUUCUAGAAGAUAAUGAUUCUGUUAUUAAUCUUGCCGCAGACGUGGGUAUAGGUGAACUUGGCAAAGAGUUUGAUUCUUCUGACAACUAUAAAUCUGGUACCUAUUCUGAAACCCUAGGCUAUGAGUCUGUUGCCUUUGCAGAUCUUGAAAAGAAAGGCACUGAUACUUUGCGUCCUGAUGUGCAUUCCUAUCAUCGUGAGGACCUAGUUACUGGUGACCUUGCUGGAAUGCCCGUUUCUUCUUUUGACCGCUCUGUACUUACCGAUAUAAAUCUGGAGUUGCAUAAAGCUCUUUCUCCAGCUUUUAAAAUUGCCAGUGCACGCAACUCUCCUGUUCUCUCUGAAGGUGACGGGUUGCCAAGCAGCAUCUAUGAUGCCUCUGUAGGGCUCUAUGGUGUAUUUAAUCUACCUAUUACCCCAGAAAACCCUCCUCCCCAUAGCACAGGAGAGCCAUCCACCCUGGCUUCCGCAACUACAUGCGGUGUUGCAGACAUGACCAUCAAAUUGUUUGGUGGAAGGUUGACGGACCUUAAAGUGCAAGCCGACUUCAUAUUUGUUGAAGUAAGCAAGAUUCCGCAGAGGUGCAGGUACAAGGUGUUGGAGAGAAAUGGAGUGGUCCACUUUACAACUGCCUUCAAAGGUUGCAAUGUGAAGGCACUGGGUGGGCAAUAUGUCCUGACCCUGAUGUGGCGGAACCACUAUGUGCAUAUGUCCUGUCCAAUUUCUACACCUGAUGGACCUAUUACAAUCUGUGGUAAGAGUAGCAUGACCAUCAAACUCCCAGCAGGACCAAUAGAAGCGCUUCGUGUAAAAAAUAAAUUCAACAAAUGGGUAUCCAUUUAUGAAGUUGCUGUUAAAUGCAAAUAUCAACUGUUGAGUGAUUCAGAGGGAAGGAUCACUUUCACUACUUCCUACAAUGGAUGUCACGUGAGGAGAUUGAUGGAUCGUUAUUUCUAUAACCUCUACUAUCAAAUGGCUCCAGGGAAGCUAGGACAGGCACUCGUGUCUUGUAGGACCGGAAUUAAUGUUACAGUCCCACCUGAAGAGUCUUUGCCUUCUGUGUUUUGUGGCAAGUCUGGCAUGAUGAUCAAAUUGCCUAAAGGAAGUCUUAAUGCAGUCAAAGUGAGAGAUGGUUUUGACAAGGCAAUACCUGUCGGUAGUAUUGCCGAGCAAUGCAAUUAUCAACUCUUUCAAAUGAAGACUGGACACAUCAUCUUGAUUGCUUCCUUCCAAAGCUGUCAAGUUGCAUUUGUGGAUGGUUGCUUUGCCUUGAGCCUCCAAUUCCAGCAUGCUGAUGGUGUAAUGGGAGAGGCGUCUGUGCUUUGCCAUGCGGGUGGGAAGCCAAAACCAACUUCCCAACCCGAGACUCCUACAACUCAAGAAGUAACUUCCAGUAUACUGUCUACAGUAAUUCCUGCAGAUGUGUCUGCUACCAUCUGCAACAAGGAUGGCAUGACAGUAGUGCUACCCAAUGGUCCUUGGUGGGGGAUUAGAGUGAAAGAUCUUUCUGGCAAAGAGAUCACUGUGACUAGUGCUUUGGCAGAACGAUGCCAUUACAAUCUCUCUCUGCAUCUGGAGAAAAUAAUCUUUACAACUACCUACACUGGCUGUUUUGUUGAGGAAGUGGCAAGUCGGUAUGUCCUGACUGUCCUGUACAGGACAGCUACUUGGAAUCGAGGGUCUGUGCGGCUGGAAUGCCCAACCAGUGCUGGAAGCCCUACAGAAUUGCCUCCUCUUCCAGCCACUGUGGGGAAACCCAUUCCUGUCUGCAGGUCCUCUAACAUGACUGUGGUGCUGCCGGCAGGAUCUCUAGAAAAAGUCUUUGUACUAGAUGAAUUCAAGAGGCCAGUAAAAGUCAUUGAUGCGCCCAAGUCAUGCAAUUACAGCUUGGUGGAGAGACGAGGACGGAUCCUCUUCACAGCUCCCUACAGUGCCUGUGAUGUCAAGAUCUUGAAUGGAAACUAUGUCCUGACCAUUAUGUCUACAAGUUAUUCUGGAGGCUUUGCAUCAGUGCAGGUAGAAUGCCCUACCACUGGAGAACCAACAAAACCCCCUCCCUCUACAAAACCCAUUCCUCCAACUCCUGUCUGUGGAGCUUCCAGCAUGAUGGUGGCGCUGCCUGAGGGACCUCUGGAACAAGUCAAGAUAAUGAAUGACUCUAAUGGGCUAUGGGUAGCUGUAAAGGAUGUCCCAAAGAACUGCAACUACACACUGAUGAAGGAAAGAGGAAGAAACCUCUUCAUAACCUCCUACAAGGCCUGUCAUGUCAGGAUACUGAAUAAAAACUAUGUCUUGACUAUAAUCUACACAACUGCAACUGGGAUAAGAGGGAUGGUGCAAAUGACUUGUCCAGCAGUAGAGACAACAACCCAUACUACUAGGACUACAACUAUUAGGAAGCCAGGGACUACUGGGAAACCUACAAAACCAACUCUCCCUCCCACUCCUGUCUGCAAAGCCUCCAGCAUGACUGUAGCCCUGCCCUCUGGGUCACUACAAGUUUUGUUAUUGAAUCUGUCCAACGAAUGGGUAGAUAUCGGUGCUGCUCCCAGUUACUGCAACUACAGUUUGGUGCAGGGAAGAGGCGGCAGAAACUUCUUUACAGCCCCCUACAGGGCUUGUGAUGUCCAGAUACAG